AUGUCAUCUAAUAAUAUUGAUGAUGAAGAAUCUGUUUUGGCUUUUGGUUUUGAAAUAACUAAUAGCAAUAAACAACAAAAAGCAUUUGCUUCUUGUGAAAGAGUUUUUUCUACUUUGAAAUGGAUCUAUGGCAAAAAAAAAACUUAUUUAGUAUUUGAAAAAGUUGAAAGUCUAGCAAAAAUUCAUCAAUAUUAUACUACAUAUGUCAAAGAAGAAAUUUUUUAUAUUGACUAUGAACUUACUUUAGAAGAUAUCUUAAUUGUAGCAAAUAAAACUGGAAAAUUAGAUAGUAAUGAUUCUAAUAAAGAUUUUGAUAAAGAUUAUGUUGAAAAUAGUAAAGUAGAAUUUGAAUUAUAUAAUAAAAUUUUGAAAUUAAAAGAAGCAUUUAAUUUUGAUCAUAAAAUUUUUAAAGAAAAUGAUAAAAACAACAAUGUUAACUCAAGUUUUGAGAAUGUAGUUAAAGAAAAUCCAAAUUAUAAUUACAAU